UUUCUUGUGUGUUUUUAUUUACGCUUUUACAUGACAUACUUGGUAGGUUAAGGUGUGGUAUAUCCAGUGAUUUACUGGACACCGCCGUCACGUGUGUUGUUUUCUGGAAUCUCUUGCAUAUUGUAAAGUAAUUUUAACUUUAUCAAAUAUUUCAUUAACAAAAUUAUUUAUUUUAAUUUUUACUAUUGAAUUGUCCACUGGUAUGGAGCUGAUUUACAUUGGUAUGGAGCUGAUUUACACAUUUCCAGUAGUUUAAAAUGACCGCAAAUGAAGGGAAAACACGAUUAUACAACAACGGCAUCAUCGCCAAUAACAUACAUCUCAUCCUCAAAAGGUGGAUAAUUGAGGAGGAGAGCAUAUCGAUGAUAUUGUCGGAUAGUACGACGGUGUUUGCUUCGGUGCGUGAUGUGUUGGAUACGAAGGACACGAUGCAGUGUAGGAAGCUGCUGGGCCUGGCGAAUAACGUUGACUUGGCGCUUAUUUUCACAGUGACUAACCGUACGGCACGCGUGGCUGACAAGAAUAUUAUCACUACGUGGAUCGGCUCAGACCUCCAGGGAGCAAAUAUUAAGAUUUUAAUCCGAAGUGACCUCGGCGCACAACUCCAAAACGUAGUCGUAGGCACCGUCUGCGCUAUUCUGAACCCAGACAUCAAACAACAAACCAUCCAAGCCGAUAUCAAAGCCAUCAAUGUCAACAGGCUGGAUGACGUGUUGGUGAUUGGUGAGUUGGACGGUUUGGAGCAGUGUAAGGCUGUAACUGUCAAGGGCGAGUCGUGUAAGAAUGUUGUCUACAUCCACAACCAAGGCGAAUACUGCAAAUAUCAUCUCAAGUUCAACAAACCCAAACUCAAACUCAAUAACCAAAACCAACUCAAUAACCAAAACCAACUCAAUCCCAAACAAAACUCUAAUAAACUUAAUAAUCUCAAUAAACGACCCAAAACCCAAGCCUCAAACAAAUCACAAGUCACAUCCAAUUCUCACACUAACGCCAUAAACUCACACAAAACCAAUUCUAAUACCACUGUAAAUAGUGCAAACAAUAGUUUGAACACAGCAAAUAAUACGUUGAACAGUGUGAACAAUGUGACCGGAUGGGAGAAUGUAUUGCAGGGUUUGAGGAGUGUGAUGUGUGAGAGUAAGCCGUAUGUGUUUAGUGAGCCUUUGAGGCCUGUGAAGCCAACUGAGACUAUGGCGAGGCUCGGUGAUUUGAACCAGCUAAUGCAGAAAAUUAUCAAUAACAGGUCACCAAACACUGUCAACACUGGCAACAGUAUCAACAUGGUUAACAUUGUUAACACUGUGAACAUCCCCGAGAACAGUGUGGACAUUCCAAAGCCGACCCAACCAGCCAAAUCAACCGCUGACACUGACCGAUACAACGAGUUCCUCAAACUCGCAAACCUCAUCAACAAUCACAUCACCAAAGAGAAGAAGGAGUAUAAUAAGUUACUGGGGGCGAUACAGAUGUUAACGAAUAGAGUGAGGGUGUCGCGUGACUCUGGAGUAACGUGUGAGAUGAUUUCAAGUUCAAACAUAAUGAAAACGUGUGAAAUGUUACUGGAUCAUCCGCUGGAGAACAUCGCAAUGUCAGCACUCAAACUCCGAAGAGCCAUACGCAAACUACACAAACACAAACAUAACGAAUUCAACAUCUCAAGAACAAACACACAAGAUAACAUCACAGACAAAUAUAAACAAGAAGUGAUGAUGGAGUUGGAUGGUUUGAUGGGAUUAACAUCUUCAAUGGACUCCGAACUCGAAAAAGAACAACUUGAACACCUUCUCGAUCUUCCCGAAUAAUCAUACGAACCAACCGAGGAACUGGAGAAUCCCCGAGGAACCGUAUGAGAUGUGAAAAGUUGAUGAGUAAAUGGUAAUGUUAUGUGUUGAGAGGAUUGUAAAGUAAUUGGUUAUGAUUGGAUUAUUGAGGCCCAAUGGGAUUCUGGAUGAUGUGGC